UGCUGCUUAUGUUGUACUCCCUCCGUUUUUUGGAAAAGAGUUACCAUCACUUUUUCAUCAGAAACAGAGGUAAUACAUGUGUAACAGGUGCUGCUGUAUCAUAAUUCCAAGUGUAUAUAUAUCUCACAUGAAUGGAAAAUAUAGAUGUGUUGCUUGAUUAAAGAUUGACACAGAGAGGGAGAUGUCUGAACUCCGGGGUGAUGUUAGAUUGGAUGAUGAAGUUCAUCUUCCCCCUUUCCAGUUGUACAACUUCUUCUCUGUGUAUUGUCGUAGGUAAAGAUGAUAGAAGACAGUGGUCUCAAAAGAAAAAAGUUGUUCAUUCAAUUUAAUUCCUGUAUGAAGCUGAUUGAUAAAUUAAGCCCCUUUUCUCUGAUCAGCUUUACGACUGGGAUAGAGUUCAUCUUCAAGAAUGACCAUCACCACUGCAAAUACAAGAUGAUGAAUUCAAUUCCCACAGCAGAAUUACCAUGUAUGGAGUUUCCCAGUUAAGGGUGUCAGCCAAGCGUAAGAAUCCCAAAAUUUUAGAAGAACUUGGAUGGAAAUAUAAUGUCCAAAAGGACUUUGUAUAAAGUUUCGAAGGGGCUGUUAGGUAGGCAAAAGACCAUUUUGACCCCAACAAAAGCUCCAACUGAAAGUGUGAGACAGAGAGAGAGAGAGAGAGAGUCAGAGAGAGAGAGAGAGAGAGAGAGAGAGUCAGAGAGAUGGAGAGCUCAGUUGGUGUGCGUACAGAAGUAGAAGAAGAACGAAAACCUCUUCUUCAACAGCAACAAAAUUCAUACAGAAAUUCCAACGAGCCAGAAGAAGAAGAGAAUUCAUCAUCAUCACUCAUAACAAUUGAACAACCAGAAGAAGAAACUGUAAAACCCAUCAUCUCUAAUGAUCAAAAUCAACGUCUGGUGUCUCUUGAUGUCUUCCGAGGUCUUACUAUUGCGUUAAUGAUUUUAGUUGAUGAUGCUGGAGGUGCGUUUCCAUCGAUAAAUCAUUCUCCGUGGUUUGGUGUAACACUUGCUGAUUUCGUCAUGCCAUUUUUCCUCUUUGGUGUUGGUGUUUCUAUCACCUUUGUUUUUAAGAGAAUACCUAACAAAAAGACUGCAACUGAGAAGGUUAUCACAAGGACAAUUAAGCUAUUUCUCUUGGGUUUGGUGUUACAAGGUGGAUACUUUCACGGGCGCAAUCAUCUGACAUAUGGGGUUGACAUAGACCGUAUACGAUGGCUUGGUGUGCUACAGAGGAUAGCGAUUGGAUAUUUUCUAGCUGCGAUUUCAGAAAUAUGGCUUGUUGGCAAUGGUGUAGUGGAUUCUGCAGUGUCAUUUGUGAAGAAAUACAUCAUUCAAUGGAUGUUUGCCGUCUUACUUUGCUCUUUGUACGUUGGUUUGCUGUACGGAUUUUAUGUUCCCAACUGGGAAUUUAAAAGUCCAAUCACAAAUCUCAACUCGUCAGUGACAAACUACAGCUCUGGUAAUCAAAUGGUGAAUUGCAAUGUGAGAGGAAGUCUUGAACCUCCUUGUAAUGCAGUUGGUUUAAUUGAUCGAAUUCUUUUGGGUGAAAAGCACCUUUAUCAGCACCCUGUAUAUCGACGGACAAAGGAAUGCAGCGUUAACUCUCCAGAUUACGGGUCACUUCCACCAAACUCACCUGGGUGGUGCCUUGCUCCAUUUGACCCAGAGGGCAUCUUGAGUUCAUUGAUGGCCGCAGUAACUUGUUUCAUUGGGUUGUACUAUGGACACAUAAUUGUGCAUUCUAAGAAUCAUACACACAGGAUUCUCUUCUGGUCUGCAUCUUACUUGCCCAUACUUCUAACUGGAUAUGUUAUGGAGAUGCUAGGUAUGCCUGUGAGUAAACCAUUGUACACACUGAGCUAUAUGUGCAUUACAGCAGGAGCAUCAGGACUCAUCUUGACCAUUAUUUAUUACAUUGUUGAUGUCAAAAAAUACAGAAGACCGACUUUGUUGUUGCAGUGGAUGGGGAUGAAUGCACUCAUUGUUUAUGCUUUAGCUGCAUGUGAACUAUUUCCUGCACUCAUUCAAGGAUUAUAUUGGCGCUCGCCUGAAAACAACCUUGUCAACGCUACAGAAUCAUUAUUGCAGAUGGUAUUUCAAUCUAAGAGAUGGGGUACUCUAGUUUUUGUAUUGGUUGAGAUUGUAUUUUGGUGUCUUUUUGCAGGUUACCUCCACCUAAGAGGCAUAUAUGUAAAACUAUAGCCUGUUGUUGCUAUACUAACCACAUUUAUAUAAUGCCCUUACAUGUAAUGAAAAUACAGUCUUCUCCAAAAACACUGAUUUGUUUAA